AUGCUCUUGAUCAUUGAAUACUAUACGUCGCCAAACACUACGGCGGUGAAUGGUACAGAGAUAGUGGCCAUUAUUACGCGUCAUAUAAAGGAGCAGAAUCAAGGUCAAUGGCCAGAGCCUUCUCUUCACGACUUACUGGUCGAAAUAAAGGACCUGGCCAUUAUUACCAUGGAUGCUGAUGGAGAAAUCAUGACAACUCCUGUUUCUGUUGCUGCGUUGUUGUGGGAACGAAUCCAACGUGUCUCGUCUCCAGACGACAUCUUCAUCAUGUUUGAGGCCUGGAAGGAUAUGACAAAGGCCAUUGAUGAAAACGCAGCUGACUACGAGGACGGAAUCACCAUUGAUCGAGAAAGCCCUCUUGGUGAAUUCGUACGACGUGCCUGUCUAGAGUUUUCUAGCAUGCCAUUCGAGGAGCAUUCCUGGUUAUAUAGUGCAUUCCUCGAGUACGUGAAUGUGUCAAAGAAUAGCAUUCCAUCGUUUACUCUUCAAAAGGCUCCACCACCACGACGACUCACUAUUGCCAGUAAUACGUCUGGAACACAUCGCAUUGGAACCCCUCGAUCAAAAGUCGAGCCAGAGGAAGAAUAUAACGCAACUUCUCCUCCCAUCGAGUCUCCAACAUUCGGUUACGAUCGAGGACAAGAUCCUCCCUCACCAAUCUAUACUCGUACAGUUGACCGAGAUAGUCCUUCAAAUAUAAGAACACCUCAAAUACCCCGAUAUUCCACUUUCGUAAACCGCAACGACGAUGAUGACGAUGUGGUCAUGCAAGAUCAAAGUAUGACGGUUCUAGCGGUAUCCCAAAAGACUCGACGUCAGCCCAUUCCAGAAACAGAUGAAGUCAUGCAAGUUUUGGCCAUACAUCUUCCUAGAAGUGAAGGGUUUGUGCCAAUAUACAAUUCACAUCGAUAUGUUGAAUCACAGAUUGAAGUGUUGAGAUUGGCAGGAGCUCCCGAAGUCCCUAUGGAUUUACAAAAUUCUAUGGAUCAAGUCAUGGCAGCAGCUGGUCGAUUUGCUCAAGCAGAUUUGCUCUCGUUUUUGCAUUAUAUGCGAAUGGGAGAAUACGAAGGAGCUUCCAACAGCUUACAUCGAUUUCAUGAUCACUACGUUGGCAUUGAUGAUCCAACUUCUAUGGGCCAAAUCUCCUUGCUUAAUAAGGCUGCACUACACCUGAGGUUUCAGGGGAAAGACGAAGCUAUCCUGGAUUUGAGAGAAGCUGUGAAUCGGUCAAGAGAACAAGUGCACACAGUAUGUUUGUCGUUUGCAUUAAGGUGGCUGGAUCAACUGUCGUUACCAGUCUCUCUUCGCACCUCAAGUGCAUUGACUAGCAAUACUGCUCUACCGUAUAAUCUAUCAACCAUUACCGACCUCGAAGAGUCACGACGUGCUUUAGUUGGUGGCAAGGCUCCUGAUGUGGUAUUUGGAUACAUGACUCGUGCCAUUGCCCUACAAUUAGAACACGAGGAUUUGGAUGGCGUCGGGUUAUCGGAACCUCAAGGGUUUGGAAUUAUUCAUCAAGUCGAAAGCGCCCUCUGGGAGUCUUAUGGGAACUCUCCUAUGGCGAAUCUUUGUAACGAAGUUGAGAUCGUGCAGCACAGGUCUACCAACAAGAUAGAAGAUCAAGUCAUAGCACAAUGUCGAGGAGAAUGGGACUCUGCUGAGAAACUGACGAACCAGCUGACUGAUAUUAAUUGGUUUGAUAAGCAGUCGUUGGCGCAAGUAGCAUUCUCUCGUCAAUUAUUGGAAGGUGCCAAAGGCAACCCCACAAGUGCAUAUCUUGAAAUAGCAAGUUUGAUUGAGAAAACUCCAAUCGCAGAGUCUGAUGGUGGAAUUCUUGGAUAUUUGCUAGCGCUCGCUGAUAUACAUCUGAGCUCUGAUGCCCCAUUAUCUGCCCUAAAUGUCAUCUUUAUUGCCUUGACAUUAUCGCAACAAUUAUCAGCACAAAAUCAUCAUCAUUGUGCUCUCGUUCGACUGGUAGACGUGCUCUUGUAUUUGGAUAUGCCCUUCCAGGCUCUGCAAGCUAGUCGACACGUCCUACCAAAAGCUCUAGGUUGCGGUGAUUUACAUCAAGAAGGGUCUUGUAGAAUGAUGUAUGGGAAGGCCAUGGUUGCAGUGAUUUGCACAGAGCAAUCUCAACCAAAUAUUGUCCCUGAAGACGAUGACGAUAUAGAUAUGUCAAGAAAGAAUGCCGACUUGACUUUGGCAAUAACUCAAUUUGAACUUGCUCGAAAGUGCUUUGCGUUGAUGGAGGAUACUGCAAUGCAAGCAAAGUGUCUGUAUUUGCUGACUAGAACUCUAGACAUGGCAGGACGGAUAGCAGAGCGUGACGCUACUGCGUCGGAUCUUUUGGCCUUGAUUUAA